GUCCGGUUGUUCGGAGAUUUUAGUACAUUCGCAAGUAUGGUGCCGGAGAAGAAGGAUGGCUCGAACAAUCAAGCCGCGUCGGAGACAAGCAUACCGGAGCCGCCUUCCAUUCAUCCUUCCUUCAUCCAAGUAGCCAAGCCGUACAUAUUCGAGCAGACUAUUCAACAAUGUAUUGCGGCUAUGGGCGUCAAUCCCCUACGCGAGGAAGCACUGCGCCUGCAGGGAGUAACGUGGAUCGACAAUGUUCGCCGAGUGUUAUAUUUACCUAUCCGUACCUUCAACACGGCUGUGGUGUAUUAUCACAAAUUUCGACUCGUUCAUCCUGACAGCGAGUAUAAUUAUAUGGAUGCUGCUGCGGCUGCAUUGUUUACCGCCUGCAAGAUUGAGGACACAUUGAAGAAGUCCCGGGAGAUUGUGUGUGCAGCAUAUAAUCUCAAACUACCACCUUCAGAACAUAUAUCCCCUGAUAAUUCGGUCUUCGAAGUACAUGCUAGAGGUAUCAUUGGAUUGGAGAGGCUUAUGCUCGAGGCGUCAGGCUUUGAUUUUCGGACACGUCACCCGCAGAAAACCCUGAUCAAGCUUGCCAGACAUUAUGGCCUUACGUCGCAGUCGCAGGUGUCUAAUGUGGCAUAUCGAAUUUCGCAGGACCUCUAUCGUACCUUUGCUCCAAUCAAGCAGACUGCGUCAACUAUGGCUUUUACCUGCUUAGAACUGGCAGGUCGUCUGUUGGACCAGCGCAUUGAGGCGGUCGAAUUGGGAAUAGACUACGAGAAGUGGAAGACCAGCCGGGAAGAAGUAAUGGAAACCCUCUUUGACCUACUGGAGCUGUAUACCCACAGUCGUGGCUCCACCUCAGUCGGCCCUCAUUUCCCAGCGGAUCGAUUCCUCACAGUUCGUAUCCCAUUGAACAAAGAGGCAGAAGCCCAAGGACUCCCUCGUUACACACACUGGGUCAAUGAGUCAAGAGACCUAAAAGCUGCUAAUGGCGCAAAGAGCGGCAAGGAGCCCGCCUUGGAGAAAGCAGGCGCCAGGCUGCAUCCGCUUACACCUGUCGCUGCCAAUGGGGAAAGACCCAGAGCCGGCGAGAAAGGUCGGGAUGGAGCCGUACGCUUUAUGCUCGACACAGAAUGUGCGGAUGCAGAGAAGGCCCGUGUUUCCGAGUAUUUCAAGGUCGAAAUGGAAGAGUACGAAGUGGAAGAAUGAGCUGCCAAAUCCCUGCAUCAUAGCUACAUUACCCUAUACGGCUAGCAUACUGCGACAAGUGCAGAACUGCCCGCAGUCUGCACGUCUGAUUCUAUCGGUUCGCCAGCUAAUUUUGCGACAGUUACUGGCGCCGAACAAAAAUACGCCGGCGUCUACCUGGAUUUCGAGAGGUGGAAGAGUGGCACCAAUUCGAAGGGUACCCUUUAAAGCUAGGCCAAAAAUGCAAGAGGCAAAGCAUCCCCGUCACGCUGAACGCCAAAGAUAGGAUGGGGAAAGCGGAGUGAUUGACCCCUACAAUGAUAUGACCCAACGAUUCGAUACCAGCGUGCAUCGGAUAUUCCGUGGAGUCUGCCCAAUACUUCCCGGUGAAAAGGCACUGUUCAGGAUAGUAUAUAUAUCCGAGUCACCUGUUCAUAGAAUACUGGUUAGGAACUUCGUUGAGCUAGUCGGUACAACAGGUACGGCUGCUGCGCAUAACCCA